UUGGUCAUACUUGCCGUGUUGCUCUGCUCUUCAUCCUGGGUUAAUGGAGGAAAAGUAUUGGUAUUCCCUAUAGAAGGAAGCCACUGGAUCAACAUGAAAGUUCUCAUCGAAGAGCUUCACUCUCGAGGCCAUGAAAUCACAGUGAUGCGUCCAUCUGACAGCUGGUUCAUCAAGGCAGAUUCCCCUCAUUACAAGGCCAUCACCACAAACCCCAGCGGGUUUGACGAGGAAACCUUUCAGUUGUUUGUAAUCAAAAUGCUGAAGCUGAGACGUGAGGGUGAUUCAUUUUGGGCUCAUAUAUCCCUGGAAUAUGAAAUGAUGGUCAAAGUUCAUGAUUUGCAUGCACAGAUGAUUAAGAUGAUGGCAGGAAUUUUUGAAAAUUCCACAAUGAUGCAGAAUUUCCAUGAUGCAAAAUACGAUGUGGUUCUGACGGACCCUGCAUUAGGGGCAGGUGUGCUUCUUGCUCAUCGUCUGCAGCUUCCUCUUGUCUUCAAUGUCAGGUGGACUGUCCAGGGAGAUGGACACAUUGCCGUUGCUCCUUCACCAUUGUCCUAUGUUCCUAUUCCAGGGACAGACUUGACUGACAAGAUGACGUUCUCCGAGCGGCUCAAGAAUGUUCUUUUCUACUUUUUCACACGCCUUCAAAUUUGGUACAUCACAGACCUAAUUUACAUACCAUUUGUCCACCAGUACUUUGGCCCUGAUAUACAUUACAUGGAGUUAUUUCAAGCAGCAGACAUCUGGCUGAUGAGGAAUGAUUUUACCUUUGAGUUUCCCCGUCCCACAAUGCCUAAUAUUAUUUAUAUGUCAGGAUUUCAGUGCAAACCCUCCAAGCCCCUGUCUCAACAACUGGAGGACUUUGUCCAGAGUUCAGGUGAACAUGGGGUUAUUGUUAUGACUUUGGGCACCUUGAUUGGACAACUUCCUGAAGACGUAACUGAGGACAUUGCUGCUGCUUUUGCCCAGCUGCCUCAGAAGGUGAUCUGGAGGCACAAAGGGAAGACACCAUCCACUCUGGGCAACAACACAUUACUUUUGGACUGGCUGCCUCAAAACAACCUCCUGGGUCACCCCAAGACCCGACUGUUUGUGGCCCAUGGAGGCACCAAUGGAAUCCAGGAGGCCAUCUACCAUGGUGUUCCCCUCGUCGGUCUGCCCCUCCUGUUUGACCAGAAGGACAACUUGUCCAGGAUGAAAGAAAAAGGUGUGGCUAAGGUGGUGGAACUUUCAACCUUGAACAAAGACAACUUCCUGGAGGCAUUAAAGGAGGUCCUUUAUGAUCCAUCCUACAGAGAGAAUAUGAAGACUCUCUCUAACCUGCACAGAGACCAGCCCAUGAAACCACUGGACCGUGCUAUGUUCUGGAUUGAGUUUGUCAUGAGGCACAAAGGAGCAUCACACCUAAGAACGGAAUCUUACAAGAUGUCCAAGAUCCAGUACCACUCAGUUGACGUGAUGGCAUUUUUACUGGCAGUUGUUUUACUUGUUGUGAUUGUUGUCACUUUGGUUUUAAGGUUUUUGUGGAGAAACGUGUUUCCAAAAAGCAAAGCCAAAAAGGAAUGAUGUAUUGUCUCUUAUCUUCUGGCUACUAAUUUCUUGU